AUGGUGGUCGAGCGCCUGACAUGCACUGGUAACGGAUUCUGGCGAGACUUAAAGUCCAAGAUCACUUCUACGCCGGUGCACUUCAUGCGCUUGUUGGUGAAUGGUCGUGCCAUGGACCUCACCCACAUCUGCGACCAGGUCAGUGGAUGAGGCCAGUGAAAUUCGAGCCAAUCAAGGUCGAGCUAACCCACUACCCAUUACUGCUCACUUUCUCUCCAUUCCAGGACAACGUGUCCGAGAAGGGAACCUUGUGCGAAACUUACGGGUUUCUUUACGGCAUCGAGAAAUUGGCGAAGGCUGGCACACAAGAAUUUGCGAAAUGCGGCUUUGUACCGGCUGACCUUUGGGCGAAGCCCAAUUCGAAAGGGGCUCAAGUCGUGGCGGUGCCUUAUUGA